AUUGGCAUAAAAUGUAUAGGGGAUAAUCGAUGUCAAACUAUUAAUGCAUAUUUUAAAUUGUAGUGGCGGUGGGUCUUAUGAAUGUUAACUAGAAGGAGAUUCAAAAAAUAGGGAGUUGGAUUGAAUUAAGCAUCAGAUCUAAUGAUGAUUCAUAAAUCACUUAUGUUGAUGAAUAUUUUUUUGGUAAAAAUUUUGUAAAUGAGAUAUUUACAUAAGUUUUAUCUUUUCUAAUGGACAAACAAACAGAUGUAAAUAUUCAAUAGAUCUCAGUGAUGAAGAAUUAUAUGAUGAAAAUUGUGAAGGGGAUUUCUUUUAAGGUUAAUUAAUGGAUUGAAUAAAGUGAAGGAUUUCAGGAGAUUUCUCGACUAUAAUCUAAGGAUUUACAAAAAUGGCAGGAAGUCUGAUAUUUUGAAUGUAACCCUAAAGGGACACAUUAUGUAAUAUUAUUAUAUUAUUUGAUAAAAAUCUAAUUUUAGAGGGUUUGGAUUUUAUGAUGAUGAUAGUUUUAUGAAAAUUAGAAAAUGGGUU